AUGCAAGAUCCACUACCCUCACCAAAUGAUGGUAACAACACCCUGACAGUGUUGACAACAACAACUACUACUACCAUCACCUCUUUUCCUCAACAACCCUCUCAACCCAUUGACAUUUCUCAUGUCAUGACUCCUCCUCGAGACAAUAAUGAUGACAAUGAUGCUUGCAGUGAUGACGAUAGUAUCAUUGUUCAUUUCAAAACAAAACGCAUAAAUUCCAUAAAACCUCUUCAACUUUCAUCACUCCAACAACACGAGCAGGAAAUGGAUCGAAGAAGAGAGAAAUCUUUGAGUCUUUGUCGUUCAACACCACCACCACCACCACCCAUCGCCAUGACCAUGACACCCAUUCAUGCUGAACCAACACUCACACCAACAACACUCACACUCAAACAUCCUCAAGCAACAGUGACUGUUUUCACUAAAACAACAUCCAAGACUUCCACUCGUUCCACUACUCACUCUUCGACAAUAUUUAGAAUUCCAACUUGUUGUGGAGUGAUUGAAUUGAAUCUCAUUCGAGUUCUCUCUCUGUUAGGUAUGAUGAUCAAUAUUUGUUGUUUCAUUGCAGUGGCUGUGGUGGUGGGAAAUUCUUUUCGACUCGAAGCGAAAAGAGAAAUUUCUUUACUAUUGCAACGUGCACGUUUUAUUGAACUCUAUGAUCGUACGUCAUGUAUUGUCAACUUGGCAGCAGUCACUGGAUCACUCUCUUAUGUAUCCUUGUAUUAUGAAUCACAAGCGAAUACCUCUCGUGUUUUAUUGGAAUUGUCUAAACAUUUACCUUCUGAUGUCAAUCAAAAAACAAAAUUCGAUCCUAAAAAUCCUUACAAUGUCAAGUUUGAUCAACAAGUGAUUGAAGCAGUUCGACAGGGUGAUUUGAAGACUGCUAACAAAUUAUUGAAAUCUAUCACGUAUAUCGUAAUGGAGAGUUAUGCCUCUCACUUUAUAGAAUUUGUGACCAAUGAGAUUAAGACACUCAGUUCACAAAAACAAGAAUAUUUAAAAUAUUCGAGUACUGUGAAUAUGGUGUUGGUGUUGAGUGGAGUUGUAAUCUCUGUUCCUAUUGUCAUUAGUAUCUUUGUGAUGGCUCUUACAAGUGAACAAACAUCUACUCGUAAGCUAUUGAAAGCAACUUCUCUCAUGAUUCUUGAAACAUUGAGAAAUGAAAAGACUAGUCAAUUGUUUAAGGAAUUUUGUGAAAAAGAGAACAAGUUAGACAAGUAUACCUUCUUGGAGAAUUGUCAUACUUAUCGUGAAAUGUGUGACAAGUCCAUGGAAUUGAGAGGUACAUUACCAUUGAAUCGUAUUGGAGAUGAAUCUAAUCAAGAACAAUUAAGAAUUGAAAAGAACAAGUAUGAAAUGGCAUUUAAGAUUUUCACAGAAUUUAUUGAUGUGAAUGGUGAACAUCCAUUUCCAACCUCAUUACAAUUUCAAGAAAAUAUCAAGAAAAAGCUCGAUGAAUUCUCAAUAAUGGAGAAUUCAUCCAUGGAUGCUCAUUUAUUUGAUGAAUUAGAGAAGGACAUUGCUGACUCUCUCAUGGAUUCAUUUAUGAAAUUCAAGAAAGAAUUGAGAAAACAAAAGAAGAAACAAAAUAAAGAAUAA